CACAUCCGGGUGUCGCCUCGAGAGCGCACGCGCGUCUCGGUGAUUGCAGCGCUCUGCGUUUCCGCGUUAGCAGCGGGGGGAAGCAACUGAGGCGAGGGUACAGUAAACAUCCAGAUCGGCCAAAUCUAACUGGAUUACGCCGUCCGUGGCACGAUUACGAUGCAAAACAAACGAUAGUCGACCAGUCGUCGUGUUUAGGAAAUGAGUGCGGGAUUAUGACAUCCGUGCAGGCAUGAAGACAGGAUGACAACACCGCCUGACAUGUGAGGCAAAACACAACCACAGCGCGCUUGUGUGGCUGCGUCUCCGCCACCUUCCGUUUAUGCAGAUUUUGCGUUGAAUAUCGCGUUUGCCGGUGGCGAAAUGAAGAAGUUUAAUAUCAGGAAGGUGCUGGACGGCUUGACUGCGGCGUCCUCUUCCUCCUCCGCCGCCGCCGCCGCGUCCACACAGACGGGAAACCGGGAGAAUGACAUGAUUCAGGAGACCAUGCAGUCAGAGCACUUCCAGCUUUGCAAGACAAUACGACAUGGCUUUCCCUAUCAACCCUCUUCUAUGGCUUUUGACCCCGUACAGAAAAUUCUGGCUAUUGGGACACAAAGUGGAGCCCUAAGGCUAUUUGGCCGUGCAGGAGUGGAGUGUUACUGUCAGCAUGAGAGCGGAUCAGCCGUCAUCCAGCUGGGCUUUCUUGUCAAUGAAGGGGCGCUGGUUAGUGCUUUGGCAGAUGACAGUAUUCAUUUAUGGAAUCUGCGGCAAAAACUACCAGCCAUUCUCCACUCGCUUAAAUUUAACCGAGAAAGGAUCACGUUUUGCCAUUUGCCCUUUCAGAGUAAGUGGCUGUACGUGGGCACAGAAAGAGGGAACAUUCACAUUGUCAAUGUGGAGUCCUUCACCCUCUCAGGCUACGUGAUCAUGUGGAACAAAGCCAUCGAACUGUCCUCGAAGACGCACCCUGGACCUGUAGUUCACAUCAGCGACAACCCCAUGGAUGAAGGAAAACUUUUAAUUGGUUUUGAGUGUGGCAUAGUUGUGCUGUGGGACUUGAAAUCAAAGAAGGCUGAUUAUCGCUAUAACUAUGAUGAGGCGAUCCACUCUGUGGCCUGGCACCAUGAGGGGAAACAGUUUGUGUGCAGUCACUCAGAUGGCACGCUUACCACAUGGAACGUGCGCGCACCUACCAAGCCAGCUCAGAUCAUUACACCGCAUGGUAAACAAGCAAAGGAUGGAAAGAAGCCCGAACCGUGUAAACCCAUCCUGAAAGUGGAGUACAAAACCACCAGAGCAGGGGAUUCUUUCAUGAUACUGAGCGGAGGUUUGUCAUAUGAUACAGUGGGUAGACGAGCCUGUCUGACCGUGAUGCAUGGCAAGAGCACUGCAGUGCUGGAGAUGGACUACCCUAUAGUAGAUUUCCUCACGCUGUGUGAAACCCCAUAUCCAAACGAUUUCCAGGAGCCUUAUGCUGUUGUCGUCAUACUGGAGAAGGAUUUAGUAGUUAUUGAUCUUGCACAAAUCGGGUAUCCCAUCUUUGAGAAUCCAUAUCCCCUGUCCAUCCACGAGUCUCCGGUGACCUGCUGAGAAUAUAUUGUGGACUGUCCAGCUGAAGUCAUCCCUGCACUUUACUCCGUGGGCUCCAGACAGAAGAGGCAGGGCUUCAGUAAGAAGGAAUGGCCUAUCAAUGGAGGUAACUGGUGCCAGGGAACACUAAGUUACCCAGAGAUUAUCAUCACUGGACAUGCUGAUGGAUCAGUCAAGUUUUGGGACGCGUCGGCAUUAAUGUUGCAGGUGCUGUAUAAACUAAAGACACUGAAGGUGUUCGAGAAACCCCGGGCUAAAGAAGAGAAAUCCAGCACUGAGAUUGUAGACGAAGAUCCGUUCGCCAUCCAGAUCCUGUCCUGGUGUCCGGAGAGCCGCGUGCUCUGUGUGGCUGGAGUCUCGGCUCAUAUCAUCGUCUACAGGUUCAGCAAACAGGAGGUCACCACUGAAGUGGUUCAGCUGCUGGAGGUGCGUAUGCAGUGUGAGCUGAAUGAUGUGGAGUCUCCAGAGGGCGCAGGUGAGCAAUCCACCGUUUCCACUCCAGGAACCUCAUCCAGCCCUCAGAGCAGCCUGCCUCAAUCCCACCCCUCCACCAGCAGCAACAACUCCUCCGACGGUCUCCGGGAUAACGUGCCCUGUCUCAAGGUUAGAAGUUCCCCCCUCAAGCAGUCUCCAGGUUAUCAGGUUGAGCUGGUCAUUCAGCUGGUGUGGGUCAGAGGGGAGCCCCCACAACCCAUUACCAGCCUAUCUGUCAACUCUGCGUAUGGCCUAGUUGUUUUUGGCAACGGUUAUGGUCUUGCCGUGGUCGAUUACAUCCAGAAAACUCUUCUUCUUAACGUGAGCACGGCUGAACUCUACUCGCCAUCGGAUCCUCACCACAGACAGCCUCACUCACCACGCAAAGCCAGACAGCCCUCGGCAGGUCUUUGUGAUGGAAAUGACGGACCUGCUGCUCCCGAAGAGAGAUGCAAAUCCCCGACUUCAGGCUCCGGUUCACCGUGCAACUCUGAUGAAGACACCAAACAGAAGUUUAUUACCAAGGUGAUGUCCAAAAGCAGGCUGAUCUCCAAGAGUGUUGCCAAUGACUUUGCUAAGAUAUCCAGGAAAAUUUGCAUGAUUGCUGAUCAGAAAGAUGACGCCAGAGACAACUCGUUCAGCCGCUCGCGCAGCUCCAGCGUGACUAGCAUUGACAGGGAGUCACGCGAGGUCAUUUCCUCCUUCUACUUUUGUGACUCCCUGUCCAAGAAGAGUGAGCUGGUGGCAGUGCCCAGUCUGUGGGUGGGCACAUCUCUGGGCAGCAUGCUGGCUAUUGCUCUCAUGGUGCCCUCCACGCCGGAGCAGAGGUUGCAGCAGUCUGUGGGGAUCUCUUUCUGUGGUUUGGUAGCGCGUUUAAAGGGAGGGAUUUUGCGCAUGGUCCAGCUGGACUCCAGCGGCAUCCUUAUGCCCCACGUUUACGAGCCCUGGUAUGACCCCAACGCCCCCGAGGAGGAGAAAGAGGGACCGAGGAGACGCCGGCCCACCUCCCCUCUGUCGUCUCAGGAGAACCAGGACUGCCAGUACGCUGUGGUCUGCUCCGAGAAACAGGCUAAGGUGGUGGCCCUGCCCUCACAGAAUUGCAUCUACAAGCACAACAUCACCGAGUCGUCCUUCGUUCUCAGAGCGGAUGUGGUGACGGUGAGCGCUGGGCUCUGCCUCACCUGCUUCUGUGCCAACGGACACAUCAUGACCUUGAGUUUGCCGAGUUUGCGGCCUCUGCUGGAUGUCAACUACCUUCCCCUGACGGACAUGAGGAUUGCCAGAACCUUCUGUUUCUCCAACCAGGGUCAGGCCCUGUACCUCACAUCUCCCACUGAGAUCCAAAGAAUCACCUACAGCCAAGAAACAUGUGACAACCUGCAGGAGAUGCUUGGAGAGCUGUUUACUCCCGUGGAGACCCCCGAGGCUCCAAACCGAGGUUUCUUUAAGGGCUUAUUCGGAGGCGGCGCUCAGUCCUUAGACAGAGAGGAUCUAUUUGGCGAGACGACAGCUGGCAAGGCCUCACGCAGUCUGGCGCAGCACAUCCCAGGACCGGGUGGUAUGGAGGGCAUGAAGGGGGCAGCGUCGGGUGUGGUGGGCGAGUUGGCGCGGGCGAGAAUAGCUCUGGAUGAGAGAGGACAGAAACUGGGCGAGCUGGAGGAGAGGACGGCGGCCAUGAUGUCCAGCGCUGACUCCUUCUCCAAACACGCGCAUGACAUUAUGCUCAAAUACAAGGACAAGAAGUGGUACCAGCUCUGAGGUUCCUGCAAGGACUCGGCACACCUUCACAUGAAGACAGCAGAUCCAUCAUCUCGGUUUCUUUCUUCUCUUCCUGUAUAUUUCUCUCUCUGAUGUCCAGUAACUGCCAUUCUCACCCAGCACAACGUCGCUCGUGCUGAAGAAAGGAAAGUAGGGAAGGAACGGAUGGAGCAACACACCGAAAUGUCCUUCCUUUUCUGGUGGCGGUUGAGUUUCCUCUCCUCAAACGGAUCCCAACGCUGGUGCUGCCCGGUCCUGUAUCUUCAUCAGCCAUGCUGUCAUUCUCACUGCCAUUCUGUCUGCGAAGAAAGUACGAAACAAAGCAUUGUGGGACAUUUAGGGGAACGAGACGAUUACUGUGUGAGGAAACCUGGACAUACAGCUCACAAAGGACUAAAGUCUGCAGGAUUGCCAAGCAAAAAGCUUCUGAUAAUCUGUCACUAGGGCAAGCAUAGAUCGUGUCUGUUGGUUUUCAUUUAUAAAGUUAGCAUUUCAAUUUUUUUUGUUUAGGUUAAUUAUAUUAGCCGUUAAAGCAGCCGGAUUGUCUUGCAUACGGUGUGAUGAAGUACCAUUUCAUUUCAUCUCUAAAGGGCUGAAAGUUGCUACAUUAACCACAUAUCAUGUGAUUCUUUUGUCGCGUCAAACUGCAGGCAGGCCUAGGCGAGUGAAGCUGAUCUGAUUAUGUUUAUCGUUUACGUGUUGGUUUACAUGGAUCAGAUCGGACUGAUGUACCUGUGCAGCACCAGACAAACUGAUGCUGUCUGAAGGAAACGUCAAGGGGUAAAUCCCAAGACGCUGAAGGUCACGUUUUACUCUGAAAACAUUAUUUUUAUGAAGGUGAAGCACUCCACAGACGCACAGUUUUCAUUCAUGUAACGUACAAAAACGAUCAUGUUAGUAUCAGUACUGCCUUUAUGAGAUAAAAACAGCGAGUAAUGAGAAUGUAACAGAAGUCCCACAGAUGAAUGGAAUGAUGGGUCACUGCUUAAUUGUCGAAAAUAAUGUCAAAGUGCAAAAAAGAAUUUACACCUUUUGUUUGUUUUGUUUCCUAUUUGAUUUUGGUGUCAAAUGUAACCUGCCUACGUUUUCGUGAGAUUCACAAAGAAAUGUAAGGUAUAUAACUGGUUAUACACAAACAGACUUUUUUUGUUCUGAGCUUUCUUUUUUUUCAUGAAGCGACUCGAGCAAGAAUUCGGAAGCGCGAGGCAUGAAUUUCAUUGUGCCUUCUGAUGAUUGACAUGUAAGAAACCUGUCCUCGUCCCAAGAGCCUAAGAAUGCGACACCUGCGGAAUGCGCCAAGCAUAUGCAAAACAUUUCCCAUGAUGCAACAGCUCCUCUGCUCCCGAAUGAGGAAUCCUGACGGGCAGUCUGUCUGUUUUAAGGGGACUCGCAGUGUUAGAUUUCAUCCUAUUUAACGCAUUGAUUGUUGUCAUAAUCAGUAAAGGACGGAUGGAUUUUUCCUUACGUCAGUUUAUUUUCUAUAAUGCCUUUACAGCGGACUAAUGCAUGAGCCUGUCACCUCUCACAGAGAGUUUGAAUAUAGCUGAAUAUCUCUGUGCCGCAGUGGACAUGACCAAGUACCACUUCAUGUCCAAUGCAACGCGAUACUGUCGGUCAGCAACCCCCCCCCCCAGGGCUUCUUAUCUGCCUUUGCUUUGCGACCCAUGAAUAUAUGCUAACCUCGACCUGUGCGUGUCUAUGUGUGUGUUAGUGAACAUACAUGUAUUCGAUGAUAUGUGUAUGUUCACGUUUAUAUAAACUAAAGAUACAAUGCAUUUGUUGAGAUUUUGAGAGUGUUCUCAAGUCUUUUUCUUAUUUAUGAGGUGCAGGAAAAUGCUGCUAUUUGUGUUGAUUUAGUUCGUUGCUUUCCUAUCAGGCACAUCAAGGCUUUUCUGUUUCUUGUUUUUGUUUCUCACAUUGCUGCCAAUUGUUGUACAUAUGAAAACUUCUGAAGACAAACUUGAGAGUGAUGACGCUGUCUGUCCAUGACCUUGGGAGACUCCAAAGAGUUGCUUGGCUGUAAAUGUCGAUCUUUCGAGAAAGGAAGGGAAGCCUCCCAUCUGCAACGGUUUUUAUUAUUUAAAAUACACAUCGUGGUGUCUACACAUUUAUAUAUAGUGAGCAACUUGGCGUUUGUGUAAAUAUCUACCAGAAGGGCCAUUUGCAAUGACUCUUCAUACACUUCUCUGCUUCAUAUUUUUUUCUUUUCUAUAAGCAGUUCUGUGGUUUUGCACUAUGUGUUUUGAGCUUAUAAGUACAUCCAUGUCAUUUAUUAAUAUUUUUGUAGUUUGUUUUCUCUUUUUCUUUAUUAUUCUUGGUAAGAAUGUUAAUUGUAUUUUGGGCAUAUUUUUAUUUUUUAUGAAGGACCAAAACCAGACAAAUGCUCACAUGUCAGUGGUGAACAUCAUGGGGUGCGUCACACUCUCAGAUUUGUCCUCAUUGUCAGUUUAAUGAUAUUCGAAUAUAUUUAUACAUUUGAAAUAUACAGAUAUAUAUAUAUAUAUAUAUAUAUAAAUGAUUUACUUUUGUUUUUCAGAAAUUUACAAAGGAAUACUUUUAAUAUAUUAUUUGAAAUGAAAGGGUGCGUUUUAAGAUGAUACGUGGCUUGUGUAUAUAUGAAUCAGAUAUGGAAUUGAAACACUUUUAUGGUGAGCCAUUGGCUUGGUUGUCUAAGAAGAACCAGAUGAUUCUGAAUAUUUGAAAUCAUUGGCAACUUCUGUACUGUUUGACCUCUGAUUUCUCUUGCACAAAAGGCAGCAUGAGAUCCUGUGUUUACAAACUUGAAACAGCCUGCAUUACGUUUUUUUAUCAUCAUCGUUUGUUGUUUAUGCUAGUGAGAUGUUUGUAAAUGAACAAAUCGCAAGUAUUUACUCUUUAUUAUAGGCUAGAUUUUUUCCUCAUAGCAUUGCUGUUUAAGUUCAGAUUCUUUAACAUUGUUUGAACGUAACUAGCUGAUAAUGUACUCCAGAAAACAUGCUAUCUGAAGAGUUGAUUUUGUCAAACAAGUUCUUGGGGAUAAAUAAUGUGUGGGCUUGCCGGUUUUCUCCUCAUAGCCAAUUUAUUGUACAGUUUUACUAAUCAAACUUUCACAUGAAUGUUUGUCUUUAUCUGCUGCCGCCCAACAAUUUAGGAAACCUGUUUAUAGACAUAACUGUGCAAUUGAAAAUAAAUGUAAAAGAAA